AAACUGAAAAGAUAGAGAAAGCAAGAAAGAUUAAAAAAAAAAUGGAGAAGAGUGGAGGAAGAAUGGUGAUGGAUGAGAUAAGAAGCUUUGAGAAGGCACACUUGUUCGAUCUUGGUCAUCCUCUUCUUAACCGUAUCGCUGAUUCCUUCGUCAAAGCCGCCGGAGUGGGAGCUUUGCAAGCCGUGUCAAGGGAAGCUUACUUUACGGUGGUUGAUGGGGCAGGGUUUGACUCGAACAACGUCGGUCCACCGUCGGAGAGCAAGAAACAUAGGUUCCCUAAUCUCAGAGGGGAAAGCAGCAAAUCUCUAGAUGCCUUGGUGAAGAACACGGGAAAAGAGUCUCUCCAAUGGGGGCUAGCAGCUGGGUUGUACUCAGGUAUCACUUACGGUAUGAAGGAAGUUCGGGGAGGAGCUCAUGAUUGGAAGAACAGCGCGGUGGCUGGAGCAUUGACAGGGGCGGCAAUGGCUAUGACGACCUCGGAUAGGACAAGCCAUGAGCAGGUGGUCCAGUCUGCUCUCACCGGAGCAGCCAUUUCCACAGCUGCUAAUCUCCUUUCUAGCGUUUUCUAGGUGAUUUUCAUUAGAAUUGUAAGGGUUGUUUUUAUUUUGUAUCAGUUAUGUUUCUUUUUAGAAAAAAAGGAUAAAACAAAUUCUCCAAUGGUCUACUAAGACCUUUUUGUCUUUCAAAGUUUGAAACUCUGAAGCCAGAGAUCUCUACUCCAUCUUUCAAGAAUAUUACUUUGGAAUCUA